CAUCCUGACCAUGAAGGGCGCCAAAGGCAUUGAGAACCCGGCUUUCGUCCCUUCCACCCCAGACACCCCGCGCCGCUCGUCUGCAUCGCCGGGUCAGGUCGAGGUGUCUGCCUUGUCUUCCGUCCCCCAGAGAGAGGAUUCUCAGCCACAGGAACCCCAGGAGCCCCAGGACCCCCAGAAGUCACCGGAGCCACCGCUGCCUUCAGCGACUCCCCCAGUCUCCCAGGAGCAGCCGGGGCCACAGCCGCUGUCCGAGUUUGAGGAGGGGCCGUGCGGGUGGAGGAACUUCCACCCCCAGUGUCUCCAGCGCUGCAACACGCCCCAAGGCUUCCUGCUUCACUACUGCCUCUUGGCCGUCACGCAAGGUAUUGUAGUUAAUGGCCUAGUAAAUAUUAGCAUUUCCACGAUUGAGAAACGUUAUGAAAUGAAGAGUUCACUGACUGGCCUAAUAUCAUCAAGUUACGAUAUUUCAUUCUGUUUGCUGUCUUUAUUCGUAUCAUUCUUUGGUGAAAGAGGACACAAGCCAAGAUGGCUUGCAUUUGCAUCCUUUAUGAUAGGACUGGGAGCACUUGUAUUUUCAUUGCCACAAUUUUUCAGUGGAGAAUAUCAAUUGGGGUCCAUUUUUGAAGACACUUGCUUAAUAACAAGGAAUAGUACCAGUUGUACCUCUUCAACUUCUUCACUUUCCAACUACUUGUAUGUUUUCAUCUUGGGACAACUAUUGCUGGGGACAGGAGGAACUCCCCUCUACACUCUGGGAACAGCCUUUAUUGAUGAUUCUGUGCCCACACACAAAUCUUCUCUCUAUAUAGGAAUUGGCUAUGCCAUGUCAAUCUUAGGUCCUGCUAUUGGCUAUGUGUUGGGAGGACAGCUGCUAACCAUGUACAUUGAUGUUGCUAUGGGACAAAGCCCUGAUGUCACUGAGGAUGAUCCACGAUGGUUGGGAGCUUGGUGGAUUGGAUUUCUUAUAUGUUGGAUCUUUGCUUGGUCUUUGAUAAUACCUUUUUCUUGCUUUCCAAAACAUUUACCAGCCAGCUAUGGCUUCAGCAGGGCCUGUGCCACUAAAUGCACAGCUGCCACAGACUCCAGAGGCCUGGAGGCUUCUGCCUGUGCUCAGACGUACACAGCGUCACCCUGGCCCUUUACUGGGGCCCCUGUUCUCUGGCGGGAGCGCUCCUUGGAAACUGUGGUUUUGACUCUGAAUUUGGUGAAGAAUACUGUAUUUAUAUGUUUAGUUUUAUCAACUUCUUCAGAAGCUUUAGUUACUACUGGGUUUGCUACAUUUUUACCUAAAUUUAUAGAAAAUCAAUUUGGAUUGUCAUCCAGCUUUGCAGCUACCCUUGGAGGGGCUGUUUUAAUUCCUGGAGCUGCUCUUGGUCAGAUUUUAGGUGGUUUCCUUGUUUCAAAAUUCAAAAUGACAUGUAAAAAUACGAUGAAGUUUGCAUUGUUCUCAUCUGGAGUUGCGUUUAUGCUGAGUUUUGUAUUUAUUUAUGCCAACUGUGAAAAUGAACCAUUUGCUGGUGUGUCUGAAUUAUAUAAUGGGACAGGAGAACUGGGAAACUUGACAGCCCCUUGCAAUGCCAAUUGCAACUGUUUGCGCUCGUAUUAUUAUCCUGUCUGUGGAGGAGAUGGAGUCCAAUAUUUUUCUCCCUGCUUUGCAGGUUGUUUAAACUCAAUUUCAGAAAGGAAACCAAAGCAGCCCCUGCCCUCUCCAGCUGAAAAAGACUCUUCUUCCUUCACACCUCACGUAAUUAUUGUUCAAAAGUGUGUUAAUCACAGGCAGCGGUCUCUAGCAUUGGGAAUACAGUUUAUGUUGCUUCGAUUAUUGGGUGUCACUUGUAAAAUUAUCACCAUUUUCUUCAAUGGGUUUGCAAUCUUUCUGUAUAAACCACCAUCAUCUGGCACAGAUGUGUCAUUUCAAAAUCAGAAUGCAGUUGUGACUACUGUUUCAGUACAACAGGAUUUCAACAAAGUAGGAAAAGAAGGGUGAAAUGAAGAGACUAUUUUAUGGCUGGAAAAUUCACCUCCAUUUCUAAGAACACACUUUGCCAUGGCAGCAUUAUUUACCAAAUAUGGACAAUUAUAUUUUAAAAAUUUAUGUUUUAUAAUCAAAUGUAUUU